UUACGUGAAUAUGGCGGAGGCUUCCUCACUCUCUCGCUAUUUCUGUCACCGCUGUUCGGCCGAGAUUCUCCCCAGGCUACCUGAAUAUACAUGUCCAAGAUGUGAUUCUGGCUUCAUAGAAGAACUACUCGAUCACGUACCAAGAAAUUCUGAAAAUGGCUCCAGUUCAACAGCUUCCACGAGUGACCAGACUCGACAAUUAUUUGAGGGUUUGGACCAGCACUUGCUAUCCUUACCACAAGGUAGUUAUGGACAGUUUACGUUUGGCAUUCUGGAUGAUCCCUUUGAUCCCUUUUCCUUUGGAACUAACCAGACUUCAGAAGAAAAUAGAGAUUCUGAGAAUAGGAGGGAUCGCGAACACCAGUCACGGCCAAGAUAUAGCUCUAGGCAACCCAGAGCACCCAGGUUUCCUUCACGGCGUCCUACAGCACGAAAUGAAGGAGUGCCAACUCUAGAGGGAAUUAUUCAACAAUUGGUUAAUGGAAUCAUUGCACCUACAGCAGUGCCAAACUUGGGAUUAGGUCCAUGGGGUGUCUUGCAUUCAAAUCCAAUGGAUUAUGCAUGGGGAGCCAAUGGCUUGGACACAAUCAUUACACAGGUAGUUAAUCUGCUUCUGAACCAGUUUGAAAAUACUGGCCCACCUCCGGCAGACAAAGAGAAAAUCAAGACACUUCCUACGGUAGAAAUAACAGAUGAGCAUGUAGGUUCUGGUGUAGAAUGCCCUGUGUGUAAAGAAGAUUACAGCAUCGGAGAAUCUGUUAGGCAACUUCCGUGCAACCAUUUAUUCCAUAAUGAUUGUAUAAUACCUUGGCUAGAAAUGCAUGAUACCUGUCCUGUGUGUCGGAAAAGCUUAAGUGGGCAAAACACAGCAACGAAUCCUCCUGAUUUAUCAAGAAUGAACUUCUCCUCUUCUUCAUCCUCCUCUGCCUCAAGUUCACCGAGUAAUGAGAAUUCAACAAACAAUUCCUGAAUUUGAGCAAAAACAUCUAAGGUUUACUGUUUUCAUAUGCAACAGUGUUUGAUGACUACCAUGAAACAUUUUAUAAUUUAAAUUAUUGUAUUAUGCAUGGCACAAAGAAAGCCAGAGUAAAUGGAGUUUUUUAACAAAGAACUCUUUUCUAAAUCUCUACUCGAACAUGAAUACCCACUUUUCCUUUUCAAGAUUUGUUUUAUAGAUUUAACUUCUGGGACCGAUUUAAAACUUUACUUAUCGACAAGCUGCUAUGUUCAACUAUUUCAUCUCACUUGGGUGGAAAAAGCCCUGUGUGCACAUUGCUGUAAUCAUACUGCUGUGAAUUAGCUUAAGCAGUGAAAGAUGGCUGCUGUUCAUUAUUUCACAAAAAUAUAUAAAUCUUUAACCUUUGUAAUGUGUUUUAAGAUUAAUGCAGCUGUUGAACUUUGGGUAUUGUUCAAUUUUAUAGACCUGAAAUUUUGUUGUUCUCAUACUAAAAGGGAUUUUUUUUCAAUUUUUUUUUUGAUUGGUUGUUUUAUAGAUACUAUGGAAAGCUCAAUGAUAGCCAACAUCUUCCCAUUUUUGUUUCAUAGUAAAUGGGGGGCUGUUUGCUUCAAAUCAAGAGACUGGAGAUGGGACUGUUUGAAUUGGGUGGGAAAGAAGAUAUAUCUAAAGAUUUAUAUUAAAGCAUUGAAGUGGUAA